GUUCAAUCUGAAGAUAUAGUCUUACCUGAUAUCGCAUCUGAAUAUUCAGAUUCAGAAGAUGAAGAUCGAGAACCUACUUUCCAAAGACCUGCAUGGGCGGAAUCACCAGCUUUGAAACAAGCUUUAGAAGCUCAAGCAGCAAGGAACCCUGAUGAUUUGUUCGGAGCUAUAAGACCUGUCAGUAUGGAAGAAUUGUUCAAAGUUAGGACUGGUAAAUUCAGAGCUAGAACGAGUUCUGCUAAUUGGAAUGGAGGUGAUAGGUUGACAAGGGCUGAAGAGGUUGAAUAUGCUAGAAGAAUGGGGUUUAAAAGUGUAGGAGGGAGAGAAGGGAGUGGAGCGGGUCAGACGGGGAAUUAG